UAGUAGGUAGGCACCUACCUAAAUAUACACUAAACUAUUUUAUUACUAUAAUAGACAAUAUACAGGUUUAAUCAUAUCAUCGAGGUUCGAGGUAAUUACUAAUGUGGUUCCGUACGGUGUUAAACGAGAUUGAGGAUGAUAUUUCUUAAUACGUAAAAAGUCUACACAGCUGCAAGAAACAUGGACAGUGAAAUCGUUGUGCAGGACCUCGAACUACAGUCGCUGAUCGGAUUCGACGGCAAUCCGGUGAACGGUCUUAUACUGCACCCGGACGGCGUUCAUCUGGUGUACCCGCUCGGCACUAACAUCGCGGCGUACCAUUGGCGCACAAAGGCUCAGCGGUUUUUCGAGGGGCACACGAACGUGAUAUCCGCUGUCACGGUGUCGACUUCCGGCCGGUACGUGGGUUCUGGUCAAGUGAACUACAUGGGGUUUCGGUCGCCGAUAAUCGUGUGGUGUUUCCACACCGGUCAGGUGGUGGCGAAAUACGAGUCGCACAAGGUGCGCGUCGAAUCCGUCGCGUUCUCGUGCUGCGAAAACUUUCUGAUAUCGCUGGGCGGCGUCGACGACGGUUCGGUGAUCGUUUACGACAUCGACAAGCGGGAGGUGCUGUGCGGGUCGUCGUCCGUCAAGUCGACCGCGGGCUCGGCAACGGUGCUCCGGCCGGUGCACAUGCGCGGCGAGUGUUUCGUCGUGGCUGGCGAUAACAUACUCAGGCUGUGGACGCUCAACAGGGAACAGCGGAACAUCCAGGGGCUGGACGGUUCGUUCGCCAAGAUCAAGCGCAAGAUCUUGUGCACCGUCAUCGACCGGCUGGACGAGUACGCGUACUGCGGCACCAGUACUGGCGACGUGAUGAAAAUCAAACUGAACUUCUCGGCCGACACAGCCGUGGUGGCGCCUACCAACGCUCCGACUCUGGUCGGGUGUUUCGCCAAGUACCCGCCGGCCGGCAAGAACAGGCGCGGCGUUUCUGCCGCCGCCACCGUGGAACUGUAUAGCAAAGGAAUCACGGCGCUGUACCUGGUCGCGGACGGCACCAUGCUGGUGGGUUCCGGGGACGGCGUCAUCGAGUUGGUCAAGCAGAAGGUCCGCGACGGCGGUAACUCUUCCCGCGGUCGCAGCUCGUACAGUAAGCCGGGCAGCACCCGGCUGGCAACGCCCACCCGCCCGCUACUGGUGGCCAUCAAAUCAGCCAACGUCGAUUCGUCCGUGACCAGCAUACAGCUGAUGGACGACGGCGUCGUACUGGUGGGCACCGUCAACUGCGAGCUGUUCGCGAUCCGGGCGCGCGACUUCGACGUCACCUGUCUGUUCACAUGUCACACGUCUGUGGUGUACGAUCUGGCGUUCCCUCACGGCUACAGCAAGGUGUUCGCCACCGCCAGCAAGCAUGACGUGCGCGUCUGGUCGGUGGACACGCUCCAGGAGCUGCUCCGUAUCACUGUGCGCAACUUCACGUGCUCCGGCGUGCUGUUCUCGUACGAUGGCGCGCAGAUCGUCACGUCGUGGAACGACGGCAACAUCCGGAUAUUCGCACCGGAAACCGGACGGCUGCUGUACGCCAUAAACAACUGUCACAAUAAGGGCGUUUCGGCCAUCGCUAUGUCCAAGGACGGUCGGAAACUGCUGAGCGGUGGAGGUGAGGGCCAGGUCCGGGUAUGGCAGGUGGACAAUCUCAACGGGGCGCUGCAGGCCGUGCUCAAGGAGCACAAAGGUCCGGUGAGCUCGAUCGACGUUCACCAGUUGGGCCACGAGGCGAUCACGGCUAGUGCGGACGGCACGUGUGUGGUCUGGGACAUUGUCCGGUUCACGCGGCUGUCCAUCAUGUUCUCGUCGACGAUAUUCACCAGUGCCAAGUACCAUCCUAAUGGCGCCCAACUGCUCACAUGCGGCACCAAUAGGUACAUUGGAUUUUGGGAGGCGCUCGACGGGUCGUUGAUACGCGAGAUCGAAGGAUCGUCGGCAUCCGCGCUCAACUCACUAGAUGUUACGCCUAACGGCAAGUACAUCGUCACCGGCAGUUCAGAUCAGAUGGUGAAGGUGUGGCUGUACAACGAGGGGGUGCCCACGCACGUUGGGGUGGGUCACGCGGGUGUGGUGACAAACGUGAAGGUGAGUCCGGACGGUAAGUUCGUAGUGAGCACAAGCGCGGACGGCGGCAUAUUCUUGUGGCGCUUUCCGCACGCCGCGGACACUGCACCGCCUGGUAGCCGGUGCAGCGCAAACAGCGGCGGCGGUGGUGCAGGCAGUCUGCGGGAACAGCAGACCGACCGUUCGAGGCAGCUGUCGCUGAAGAAGACGUUGCCGGCCCGGAAGGAGAACAUCAACGUCAUAUCGAAGGCGCAAAAGGUACGGACGUCCACGGAUUAUAGUAGAUCGACUACGGCAGCCGCGUCGGUAGUAACGGGUAACGCGAACGACAACGAAAAGGCCGUCGACGAAGGAUCGGUAAAAUGUCUGUGCCGGCGCGGGUCGACGGCCACUUGUGUUUGUUGCGACCUCGGUACCGGUGGUCGGAAGAUCAAACCGUUUGUUCGAUGACGAGUGCGCGAGUGCCUAAAUUAUUAUUCGUACUUGACAGUAUAAUAAUUGUAAUUUAAG